UGCCUUUUGUCCUGGCAUGGGGUGUGUCAUACUCAAUUAACGCAGUACAAGAAGGGCAUUAUUUGACGUAAUAUUCACAGAAAGGUGGCUCUCAUUCAGACUAUAUAUUCUGCUCUCUAUUGCAGGAAGAAAGUGUGUUAGUUGAGCUUCUUCAUUUUCUUUCUUCUUCAACCACCAAAGCCAAGAAAACUCUGAUUUUUCUCCUCUCAGUGGAAUCUGAUUCAACCCCUGUUUCUGGCAAUAGAUAGCAGUGAAGAGUUGCAAUUUUGCAGGUUUUUUUUUGGCAAUGGAAAACAGUGAGUUUAUGAAUUCAUCAAAACAGGAUGUCAAUGAAGAAAUCCCAUCACUCAUAUCAUAUAUAUCAUCAAAUGAUUUGGCUGGAUUUGACACAGUUAAGGAGGAAAGUAGCUACCAUAAUCAGAAUCAUUCUUUUAAUUCAUUCCCAAUGGAAGCUGAAAUGAGUAGUUUGACAAGUAGUGAUGAAUACAAACCCAUCAACCAUCAGAGAAAGGACUCAGUUUCCAUCAGCAUGCCAUCUUCUCCAAUCCAAGAUCAUUCAAAGAGCACAAAAAGAGUUCUUUUCAGUAUCGGUGAUGACAAAGUCCUCGGCGAGGGAAUUCCAGUUUCCACGGCAGAAUAUGGUCUGGAACUAAAGAAAGUUAAGUUUCAUUCGCAGCCAAUGCCUAGAGGGUCUGCAUUUCCCAAAUCAAUCGAUGUUCGGGCAUUUCCACAGCAUCCUAGUAUAAAGAAAUUUAAAGAUAAGAGGUAUGAUUCCUUCAAAACAUGGUCCGGGAAACUUGAAAGGCAAAUAUCAAAUAUUCGCGGAAAGCCUCGUGAGCCUGAACCCGAGCGCAGUAAUGUGCAGAAGGCAGAGUCUGAGUCUAUAUCGGUGGAUCGAUAUUUCGAUGCACUGCAGGGGCCUGAAUUGGAAACCUUGAGGCCAUCAGAGCAAAUUGUGUUGCCAGAGGACAAGACCUGGCCGUUUCUCCUACGAUAUCCCAUCUCUUCAUUUGGUAUCUGUCUCGGCGUAAGCAGCCAAGCAAUUAUGUGGAAAACAUUAGCAACUUCAGCAUCCACAAAGUUUCUUCAUAUAAGCUUGACAGUAAAUCUAGUCCUAUGGUGCAUCGCUGUAGCUCUUGUAGCCAUGGUUGCUUCGAUUUACCUUUCAAAGGUGAUUUUCUACUUCGAAGCAGUUCGACGUGAAUACUAUCACCCUAUCCGUGUCAACUUCUUCUUUGCUCCAUGGAUUUCUCUUCUAUUUUUAGCCCUUGGAGUACCACCUUCGGUAACCAAAGAUCUGCCUCCUGCACUUUGGUAUGUUCUCAUGACACCAAUUCUCUGCUUAGAGCUUAAGAUUUAUGGGCAAUGGAUGUCGGGAGGACAACGUAGGCUCUCGAAAGUGGCUAAUCCUUCGAAUCAUCUGUCGGUUGUUGGAAAUUUUGUUGGAGCAUUGUUGGGUGCAUCGAUGGGAUUAAAAGAAGGUCCUAUCUUUUUCUUUGCUGUUGGUUUGGCUCACUAUGCAGUUCUGUUUGUCACUCUUUACCAAAGACUUCCAACAAAUGAAACUCUCCCCAAAGAGCUUCAUCCGGUUUUCUUCCUUUUCGUCGCUGCUCCAAGUGUUGCUUCCAUGGCCUGGACAAAGAUUCAAGGCUCCUUCGAUUACGGUUCUCGGAUUGCCUACUUCAUUGCAUUGUUCCUUUAUUUUUCACUGGCAGUAAGAGUCAAUUUCUUCAGAGGAUUCAAGUUUUCAUUAGCUUGGUGGGCUUAUACAUUUCCGAUGACCGGAGCUGCCAUCGCGACGAUCAGGUACUCGAGCGAAGUGGACAAUGUAGUGACUCAAGCUCUUGCUGUCAUACUUGCUGCUACUGCCACACUUACAGUCACAGCCUUGCUUAUAUCUACAAUCCUCCAUGGCUUUGUGUUGGGAGAUCUUUUCCCUAAUGACAUUGCCAUUGCCAUCAGUGACAGAAAGCCAAAGCAUCACAAUAACCACAGAAGGUGGUUCCAUAUCAGUAAUGGAAGCGCGGAAGAGAUCGAAAAUUACUUAAAAUUUGCAGAUUCGGAUUGCAAAGACAUUGAAGCUUCCCCAACAUCCAACUCUCCUGGCUCUGGCAGUAAUUAAUGAAGCUUGAAUCUUGUAGUUUAUCUAUUGCCAAUCAGACUAUUAGGGUUCUUAGUUCCAGUGAGCUUGCCACAGUUUUAGUGAGCAUGUGAGGGAUUUGAAGAUAUGUGUGGUGAGGGCUGAGUGAUAUGUUAGAACUAGUAAUGGCUGUAUAUUGUGUAAAAUAUCUGUCAGUAAUGUGUAUGUUCUGCAGAUAUAAUUUUUGUUAAUUAUUAAUAUCAAGUAAUCUACACAACUAGCAAACAGCACCA